CUACGGCGAGGAAGAUGGCAGGCAGGGCGGCCCCGCCGGGCUGAGCCAGCAGGCUCCGCGCCGCCCUGCCUCCCCUCCCGGCUGGCCGGGGAGGGGCCGCCCCGCCGCUCCCUCGGGCCGCCAGCGCCGCGGCAGGGCCAGGGGCUCGGCGCAGCCCUAGCCCUUCUCCUCCUCCUCCUCCUCCUGCCGCCGCCCCCGCCGGAGGGGGAACAAGGGUCGCUCCGCUCCCCCGCGCCCGGAUCUGCUCCGUGUUUUCCGGGCCUUUCCCGUGUUCUCGGGCCCCGACACUCGAACGUGCUGCGCGGCGCUGGCCUCGGCGCCGCUCGCCAUUGGCCGCGCCGCCAUAGCCCCAUGGGCGUGCGGGCAGCGCAUUGGCCCGGCGCCGCCGUCCAUCAGCCAGCGGCGGACUGCGUCAGGUUGGGUUGAGCGGCGUCCCCUUCCCUGCCUGUGUCUGGCGGCGGCUGCGGCUGCGGGGCCGGUGCGGGCGGAGGGGCGCAGCGGAGGGCGGCCCGCUCCCUCGCUCGCUAAGAUGGCGGCGGCGGCGGCGGCGGCCGUGGCGCGGCUGGAGGGCCGGGAGUUUGAGUACCUCAUGAAGAAGCGCUCGGUGACCAUCGGCCGCAACUCGUCGCAGGGCUCGGUGGACGUGAGCAUGGGCCACUCCAGCUUCAUCUCCCGCCGCCACCUGGAGAUCUUCACCGCUGCUCCCCCGCCGCCGCCACCGGCCGGCGCGGACGGGCCGCCGCCUCCGCCUCAGGGGGACCCCGCAGCUGCCGCCGGCGGCGGCGGAGGGGACUUCUACCUGCGCUGCCUCGGCAAGAACGGCGUCUUCGUGGACGGCGUGUUCCAGAGGCGGGGGGCGCCGCCGCUGCAGUUGCCCCGAGUCUGUACUUUCAGGUUUCCCAGCACAAACAUCAAGAUAACAUUCACAGCUCUGUCCAAUGAAAAGAGAGAAAAACAGGAGGCCCCGGAGUCCCCAGUGAAGCCUGUGCAACCCCAGAUCUCUCCCUUAACAAUAAACAUUCCAGACAACAUGGCUCACCUGAUCAGCCCCCUCCCUUCUCCCACCGGAACUAUCAGUGCUGCAAAUUCCUGCCCAUCUAGCCCCCGUGGUGCAGGCUCUUCAGGGUACAAAAUGAGUCGUGUAAUACCAUCUGACCUACAUUUAAUGGCUGACAAUUCACAGUCAGAAAAUGACAAGGAAGCAUCGGGUGGAGAUAGCCCAAAGGACGACUCUAAGCCACCUUACUCCUAUGCACAGUUAAUAGUACAAGCAAUUACAAUGGCACCUGAUAAGCAGCUUACACUAAACGGAAUUUAUACGCACAUAACUAAAAAUUAUCCAUACUACAGGACAGCAGACAAGGGCUGGCAGAAUUCAAUACGUCACAAUCUCUCUCUGAAUCGUUAUUUCAUCAAAGUACCACGUUCCCAGGAAGAACCAGGCAAAGGCUCAUUCUGGAGGAUAGACCCUGCCUCUGAAAGCAAAUUAAUAGAGCAGGCUUUUAGGAAAAGGCGGCCUAGGGGAGUACCUUGCUUUAGAACCCCUCUGGGACCACUCUCUUCUAGAAGUGCCCCAGCUUCUCCUAAUCACUCUGGAGUGUUGUCUGCGCACUCCAGUGGAGUCCAGACCCCCGAGAGUCUGUCCAGGGAAGGAUCUCCAGUCCCAAUGGAACCUGAGCCUAGCGCUAUCCAGCCAAAACUAGCGGUAAUACAAGAAGCGCGAUUUGCACAGAGCGCCCCAGGAUCACCUCUAUCUAGCCAACCAGUUUUAAUUACUGUACAACGGCAGCUACCACAAACUAUUAAACCGGUCACCUACACUGUUGCAACUCCCGUGACAACAUCGACAUCCCAGCAGCCUGUAGUUCAGACAGUGCAUGUUGUCCACCAGAUACCAGCUGUGUCUGUCACAAACGUGACUGGAUUAGCACCAGCAAACACUUACACUGUAGCUGGACAGGCAGUAGUCACGCAAGCUGCGAUGGUAACCCAGCCCAAGGUGGAACCUCAAGAAAAUGGAGACCACAAGGAAGUAAAAGUCAAAGUGGAGCCUAUACCUGCUAUUAGUCAUGCUACAAUAGGAGCUGCUAGUCGUAUCAUUCAGACAUCUCAGACCACACCCUUACAGACAGUUACUAUAGUGCAACAGGCACCUCUAGGUCAACACCAGCUACCAAUAAAAACUGUAACGCAGAACGGAACGCACAUAGUACCCAUCACCACUGCGAUACAAGGACAGGGCAACGCUGCUGCUGCGAGUCCUUUGCAUAUGUUAGCAACCCACGCGUCCGCAUCGGCAUCUCUUCCGACAAAGCGCCAGAACGGAGACCAGUCAGAACAGCAGGAACUGAAACGUAUCAAAACAGAAGAUGGAGAGAGCAUAGUCAUAGCUGUUAACGUGGACACCCCACCUGUGGCAGUGAGUGAUAAAGGCAGCCAGAACUAGAAACUUAGGGGAGUUCGUUCUUUUUUUCUUUUUUUUUUUUUUUUUUUUAAAAAUAAACUCCAUGGUGCCAAAAGGAGACACUUAAAUAUAACACCUAAAACGUUGGAACAUGUUCUCACGCAGUGGGGAAAGGGGCCCUGUGAUCAGACUUCAACUUUCAGCACUGAAAAAAAAACCAACACAGGUGGCCUUAAAACUUGGUAACUUAAAGUCAAACUGCAAACCAUCUUGUUCCAGAGGCUGUGACCCCCGCUCCUCCCUGCCCCUACUGAACUGUGUACACUGAGAAGUACAGUGUUGGGGAGGGCUGCAGCUUUAAAAAAAUCUUUAUCAGAUUAUUUUAAGGACUGAGUAUCUCAGUGUAACGGCAGCAUGAUAAGCGCUUAGUGUGAACUGGUUUCAAAUGAUUGUAUAUUCCUUAAAGGGAACAGAGGCGAGGAGCCAUUUCCUACAUCUUGGCAGCUAGCCUUUCAUAACGACCUACCCGAUGCAGUUGUUGGUAGAUAUGCAGUAUUUUGUUGUUCACAUGUGGAAUUAGAAAUUUUUGAGGUGUAUUUUCAUUUCUUUGCAAAAUAAUGGGGUCUUUGACAUUUCAAAUCACUCCAUUUCUACUCCGGAAACUUUGGAAUCACACAAUACUUUUCAUGUGAAAUUUUGUUUGGUAAAAAACUGAAUGUAGGGUUUUUUUAACCAAUGGAAUGAUUUACUUUCGUCUGUCCUGUUAAAGUUCAGAUAAAGCUACUUUAUUACAUCUGCAAAUUUUCAUAUUUUAGCAGUUGCCUGAUAAAUUUAAUCAAAUUUUAUUACCAUGUGUAGUGAUCAAAUGCUUCUUUGGGCUUGCAUGUAACUGAUUAGAAAUUACAAUGUAAAUGAGCCGUUAACUGACGUAAAGAACUGCUAUGAAUUUGACCAGAGCUGCACUUAUCUGUUUCUCUUUCUGCUACCUUUUGCUGUUUGUUACUUUGUGUUGACUUUGACUGUCCCUGGCAUAUUUUUCCAGUCUGAAGUAAAACAAGAGUCUCGCUUAAUAUUGUGUAUGUUUAAGAUAACAGACUGUUCUUCAUUUAGAAAGAUAAAAUUCUUUAUCACGAGUCCUUUUAAAAAGAGAGUAAAAUUAUCUUGUCAGAGGUAUAUUCGAUAUUUUUAAGCUUAAGCACCCAUCAGUAGAAAUUAAUCUGACCAGCUUCUCUGUAACACUUUGAUGUCAUACACUGACCUUUUGGGUCUCCAUAAGAGUAGCUGUUGUGGUUUUCUAACAGUGGCUACCAUAUUAUUAUAAUUUUUUUUUAAAGUGUGUGUUCUGCAGUUGAACAUUUUAAAAUGUAUCGGUAAUUUCUCACUUUAAUCGCGGUAAUAGAUUCCACUUUACAUUUCAAAAUUAAAUUUAAACGUAAGGCUGCUGUUCAGUCUUUAAUUCACAUAACGUCUUAUUUCCUCAUGCGGUAAGGUGAGUGAAAGCUAGAUAGCUGGCUUAAUUUGAAUCUGAUUUUGUCAUUUUCUGUAAUAAUGAUGCAUUAUUUAUAUUUCCUUUUUCACUACGAAAGGAAAAACUGUAUUUUCAUGACGGACUGAACAGUUUGGAGUGGUUUAUUUAGGCAGCUUUUGGGAACUAUUUACCUAAAGACCAAAUAUGAGAAAUCUGUACAAGUUUUGUGUUCAUCCACAAAAUGGAACUGUUACAAUGUCUCUGCAGAUAAUACAUAUUAAAAAACUAUGGAAAAAAAAAAAACUCUACACAAGCUGAAUUUAUAACAGGCAUUUAAAAAAAAAAAAAAAGCAUAACCUGAAAAGAAACAUUUCUGUAAAAUUGCAACAUUUUCUUUAGAGGUUUUAAAAAUAAAAAAAGUAAA